CUAACCGAUCUGGAAUUCUCUAUUGGAGAAAUCAGUGGCCCACCGAACCAACUCGAUCAUUCACAUUUCUUUAAAGAUAAGAUUAAAAUUGCGAAAAUGUUAAAAGUUAUUAUAAAUAGGAUUGUGAAGUAUGGUGGAACGGGCAUGGAUUUGAGUUUAGUAAAGUUGUAUGGCCUACAUGUGUAUUAUAAUGAAGUAAUUGUGUACGAGAUGUCGAUUCCGUUUCGCGGAUUGUACGUUUUUUGUGAAGUUAUGCGAUCGAAAUUACCCACGAAUGAAGUUGAGAUCGGUUUGAUAUUACGAUCUGUGUCGGUGUUACUUAAAUUCAAGGAAUUGCUUGGAAAAAGUUUGGCCGACCUGAGAAAAUAUAUUCAUGAUGCGUGUACCCGUAUACCCGAUAAUAAUGAAAUGCACACCUGUUCAUUACACUAA